CAACAUCAUGUCGGCGGACACUAAAAUUGCAGAGCUUUUAACAGAGCUCCAUCAACUCAUCAAGCAGACGCAGGUAAGUCUCAACCAAUGGUUGCUACGCCCAAGUGCUGUUGUCAUCAGGAGCACUGACCAGUAACUCAGGGACCACAGUGGAGGACGGUCAUUUUAUGAAUAAAUAGCUACCUAGCUAGUUAUAUUCAAAUGUGGCUCAUAUUUUUACAUCAUGCCAUCAUAGGGAUUGAAGUCACAUUUGGGAGUAAUGUAAUACCUAGCAAUACAGAAUAGGAAUGAUAUGCAGAGAUCAAAUUAAAUCUCAUUGCCAAAACAUCAGUCACUGUAAUACAUUUAAAUUGUGUGUGCACAUUAUAUGUUAUUCUUGCUGAUAUAUUGCAUCAUUUUGCACCUAUGCAACAACCACACAUUGUAAUAUGAAUCCCUUUCCUUCUCUUUUUCAGGAGGAGCGGUCGCGCAGUGAACACAACCUGCUCAACAUCCAGAAAACACAUGAGAGGAUGCAGACUGAGAACAAGAGUGAGCCUCUACCUCGCCUCCCCACAUUCCCCUUUGUCCAUCAACACUGCAACACUAUUUUAUAACUCUUCAUAUCACUGUUACACACAGUUUCUGUUUCUGUGUCAUCUGGCUAAGCCUUUACCCCACACACACACACACGUUAUGUUCUUCUAUCCUUGUGGGGACCUAAAAUUAAUUUCCAUUCAAAAUCCUAUUUUCCCUAACCCCUAAACCUAACCCUUACUCGUAACCCUAACCCCUAAGAUUAAAAUAGCCUUUGUCCUCAUGGGGACAUGGGAAAUGUCCCCACGAGGGAGAAUUUUCCUUAUUUUACUAUCCCCACAAGGAUAGACAAACCAACACAAACACAGUGUAAAAGGUGUUAUUCUUGUCCCCAUCUCCCCCAGCCUCCCCUUAUUACCGGACUAAGCUGAGGGGACUCUACACCACAGCCAAAGCAGACGCUGAGGCAGAGUGCAGGUCGGUAGCCUACACUGACAUCCCCAUGUCCCUUGAAGUGUCCACUGAUCUGAUAUGAUAGGGUUGGUGUAAGCCGUUUAAUGUAACGUUUCCUUUCACCUAUCCAACUGUGGUAGUUCAGUGAUUAGAUGUGUUUUUGUCUUGCGUUCAGAAAUCAUUGCCACCAUGUGGAGUAAGUAAGUACAGCUCCAGUCCAAAGUAAUAAGUCGGGCACCACUCUUUCUCUCCCACAGUAUUCUUCGUCAUGCCCUCGACAAAAUUGCAGAGAUCAAAUCCUUAUUGGAGGAGAGGCGAAUAGGUAAGAAGAGUAUGGCUGUGACUGAAUUCUCAUAAUAGCCUACAUCCUAUUUAGGAAGAAGGCGAGACGAGGAGAAGAAGCCACUGUAUACUAUUGAGAUGCAGCCCAUACCUCUCUCCUCCUCUCUCUCUCUCCUCUCCCCCAGCGGCUAAGAUGGCAGGGGUGUACAGCGACAAUGACCCCCCCAGGAAGACCAUGCGGAGGGGGGUGCUGAUGACACUGCUCCAACAGUCAGCCAUGACGCUCCCGUUGUGGAUCGGCAAGCCAGGAGACAGGUACGGUCUGAUGAUUCAGUCUCUCUCCUGCGUCCUGUUCAGUAGUGCACAACAUAGCAAAACGUUUUGCAACGGGAAACGAAAAUCUGUGUUCUUAUUGUGUACAGUUCAAGUUCAGUACCUACCCUACCUUUCUUCCACCUGCCCCUUUUUUCUGUCCUCCAUUACUAUGUUACUCCCCCCACCCCUAAAACCCUCCAUCCUUCCCUGUAUCCCCCUCUCCUCCUCCCCUCCAGUCCUCCUCCCCUGUGUGGGGCGAUGCCAGCCAGCAGUGACUACGUGGCCAAGCAGGGGGACAAGGUGGCAGCGCGGGUCAAGGCCGUGGACGGGGACGAACAGUGGAUCCUGGCCGAGGUGGUCAACUACAGCCACUCCACCAACAAGUAACUAUCAGCAAAUCAGCUCCAGCCACUGUUAGCCAAUCAAGUACAGCCAUGUACCACUGUUAACCAAUCAACUACAGCCUUUAACACUUUUAGCAAAUCAGCUACAACAGACUGUUUUGAGUUGUAUUCUUCUGCUCUGUCCUUCAGGUAUGAAGUGGAUGACAUUGAUGAGGAAGGAAAAGAGUAAGACAAUGUCUUCAUUCUUCUAUAUUUCUCUUCCUACUAUUUUGUCUUGUAGUACAUGAUAUUUUAUGCCCUGAAAAUCUCACCUCGGAUAUAAUGACAAUUAUCUACUCUACUUCUUCUCUCUCUCUCUCUCUCUCUCCCCCCCAUCUCCCAUCCUUCUUCUCUUGUCCUCCUCCAGGAGACACACCCUGAGCAGGAGGCGUAUCAUCCCUCUGCCCCAGUGGAAGGCCAACCCAGAGACGGACCCGGAGGCCCUGUUCAGUAAAGACCAGCUGGUGCUGGCCCUCUACCCCCAGACCACCUGCUUCUACAGAGCCCUCAUCCACACCCCCCCACACCGGGUGAGACACGGAGGGGGGGGGACUGAUUGAUGUCAUUUGAAUACAUUUUAUUUGAUGACGAAACUACAUAAAGCUGGUUCAGUUGGAGAAAAUGUUACUGUACACUAAACCCUGCAUCCAGGAAGGCCUCUCGCUUGGCAGCUUCCCCUCCAGUAAUCCUAACCUUAACCAUUAGUGGGGAAAAUGCUGACCCCAAAUCAGUGAACCCUGUUCUCCCCACUAACCACCAUGCACUCUCUGCUCUCUCAGCCCCAGGACGACUACUCAGUGCUGUUUGAGGACACGUCGUACGCAGACGGCUACUCCCCGCCCCUCAACGUGGCUCAGAGAUACGUGGUGGCCUGCAAAGAGAACAAAAAGAAGUGA